UUACUAGGUCACAUAGCAUCCUCCUCCUCCACUUAGCCUCCCCCCAUAGUUAUCCCCGCACGAGCAGCAGAUUAUGCGGAAGGAUCGAUCACUGACUGGUGAUUCUGAUCUUCAAUGCCUCGAGGACGUUAGUUUCCUUAUCGUCUUUGUUUUAAAGCAAGUAGUUUCUCGCCAGCCGGUUUCCUUUACGGCUUCUCCCUUAUUGCUUCGUUGAUUUGACCUAAAAGCCAAAAUGGAUCCCUUAUCCGUCCUGCGCGAAUACACCAUGCGAAAUGAGCUGGACCGGGUAACCAUCGUCGGCGACGAUUGCUGUUUCGGCAAUGAGUACCGCUUCCCCCGAGCCGUCGAAACCGCUUACCGGCGUCGCGGCGGCGACCGGUACAACCUGGAGUCGCUGCUGCUGUUCGUGCAGUGCAAGGCGCUCAAACACACGGAGUACAUGCAGCGCGCUCGCGCGCAGAACAUGCAGAUCGUCACCUUCACGGACCGCAAGCUGCUGCUGGAAUAUCUCGAGGGCCAUCUGCAGACGACGGACGCCAUCGAUCUCAUCGCGCCCAUCGGCCUUCCCCCCCCCGCCCCCGCUUCCGCCGCCCCCUCCGCGCCCCUCCCCCCUUCCGGAGCCGCCACGUCAGCAGCUCCUGGCGCUUUAGGCCAAGGAGCGUCAGCAGCGGUAGAGGGUGCCACCGGGCCAGGCGGUUUGGGAGCAGCCGAAGCUGGGGAUCAGGGUCGGAAAAGGAGCAGAUGGGAUACGGACAAAAGGGCGAGUGGGGUUGGUGGGGAGGUGGGAGCAGCAGGAGCAGACGGAGGGGGAGGGGGAGGAUACGACGUGUACGGCAAGAGGCAGAGAGGAGAGGGGAACCAGGCAGGGCUGGGAACCGGACGCGGCAUGGCCUAUCACGCGGACGUUGGCGCAGGGUCGGCCGCAGCAGGAGCAACGGUAGGGGGAGUGGGGCUAGGAGGGGGGGGGAUGAGUGAGCAGGAGGAGAGGGAGGCCAUACGGGAGCUGAUCAAGAGGGAGCGGCCGGUGCGGGACCGGGAGACGGUGCUGCUGUGCCCCAGGCGCAAGGACGCCUUCGCCGCCGUGCUCGCCAUGCUCAACCGCCGCGAGCACGAGCGCAAGAAGCUCGACAUGGCGCACAGAGACGCCUCCAAGCGCGGCCACCCCUCCGCCCCGGCCUCCUCCCGGCCGUCUAGGGACGCCCGAGGGGCAGCGGGGGGCUCCAAUGCUGGCGCUGGCGGGGGAGGGGGGGGGGGCGGCAGGACGAGCGGCAGGUGUGGCGGGACUACAUGGGGACUGACGCGCUGGAGGAGCUGGGAAUCAACCCCACCCAGUCGUCCUUCGUGCAGCACGGCAGGACGGGGGGUAGUGGCGCUGCUGCUGCUGCUGGCGGCUCCGGCGCUCCUGCUGGAGCCUCUCAGGGGAAAGCAGAAGGGCAGCAUGGCCGAUCGCAACCGUCCAACCCGCCCCAGCCACACGCUCUGGUGCCAUCCUCCCGCCAUGCCCGCCCAGCGCACCAGUCGCAGCACAGACAGCACAGCAGCGGUGGCGGCAGCGCAGCUGCAUCAUCAGGAGGGGGAGCAGGAGCAAGCCUGGUGCCGAUUAUUCUCGUACCCAGCGCUGCCCAAACCCUAAUCAACAUCUUCAACGUGAAGGAGUUUCUGGAGGACGGCAAUUACGUGCCGGCCGAGGAGAAGGCGCGGGCGGCAGGGGGGAAGCGGCCGGAGAUGGUGGUGGUGCAGCGCAAGAUGGGGCGCGAGAAGGCGGUGGCGUACCAUGUGAGGGACCGACCGGAAGGGCUGUCCAAGAGAGACUGGGACCGUGUGGCGGCGGUGUUUGUGCUGGGCAAGGAGUGGCAGUUCAAGGGGUGGCCCUUCAAGGACCACGUCGAGAUCCUCUCCAAAGUGAUGGGUGUGUUCAUGCGCUUUGAGGAUGACAGUGUGGAGUCAGCGGCGACAGUCAAGCAGUGGAAUUGCAACAUCCUCGCUAUAAGCAAGUACAAGCGGCAUCAGGAUCGCACAGCAGCGCUGUCCUUCUGGGACAGGCUCGACAAGUUCCUUGCUGCACGCAAGUCCGUGCUCGUCUACUAGCCUUGCCAAACAAGGCACUGCGUAUGCAGCAGAUUUCAGCUUUCUACUGAAAUGCCCUCCUGGUGAUACCUGUGCCAGGUACGGUGGUUGGUGGCAAGUUAUCGAGCUCACAUGAUCACAUCUAGUUGCUCUAACACAACCAAUGUGUACUUGAUUUGUGCAAAUAAAUACUGUACA